AUGGCUGCGGUGGAGCGGACCCCGGUCAGGGAAGGGAUCCGGAUAGUUUCUCUCUGUUUCUGCUGGUACACGGUCAGCUCGGGGGGCAACGUGGUGAAUAAAAUCAUCCUGAAUGGAUUCCCGUACCCGGUUACGGUCUCUCUCUUUCACAUCAUCUCCAUCGUCGUCUUCCUCCCGCCGCUGCUGCGGGCUUGGGGAGUCCCCAAAACAGAACUGCCGAGCAGGUACUACCGGUGGUACAUCCUGCCUUUAGCGUUCGGGAAAUACUUCGCGUCGGUGUCGGCUCACUUCAGCAUAUGGAAGGUGCCUGUUUCCUACGCACACACCGUCAAAGCAACAAUGCCAAUAUGGGUUGUGUUGUUGUCGAGAAUUAUCAUGAGGGAGAAGCAAACCACAAAGGUGUAUGUGUCGCUCAUCCCCAUCAUCGGCGGAGUGCUGCUGGCCACAGUGACCGAACUGUCCUUUGACGUUUCAGGACUGAUCAGCGCUCUGGCUGCCACGCUCUGCUUUUCUCUGCAGAACAUCUUCUCCAAAAAGGUGCUGCGUGACACAAGGAUUCACCAGAGACUGCUCAACAUCCUGGGCUUUAAUGCUGUAAUCUUCAUGCUGCCCACCUGGGUGUUGGUGGACCUGUCUGUGUUUCUUGUAAAUGGAGACCUGUCGGAGGUCUCUCAGUGGACGGGCACCUUCGUCCUCCUCCUCAUCAGUGGUUUCUGCAACUUUGCCCAGAAUGUCAUCGCCUUCAGCAUUCUCAACCUCGUCAGCCCACUCAGCUACGCCGUCGCCAACGCCACCAAGAGAAUCAUGGUCAUCAGCAUCUCGCUGCUGAUGCUGCGCAACCCGGUCACCCUCACGAACGUGCUGGGUAUGAUGACGGCCAUCGUCGGAGUCUUCCUUUACAACAAGGCCAAGUAUGACGCCAACAAGCAGAAGAAGCUGCUGCCGAGCAGCAAGCAGGACCUGAUGUCCUUCGACAACCCGAUGCUGGACAAGAUCCAGUCCAAUGGGUCAGUGCCUUUCUCUCACAGCUCAGAGCAGCAGCACAGCUGGAACAAUGUGCCGACCGACCACUUCCAGUACAGCCGGCAGGCCUACACGAUGAACUACAGCGGCAACCACCAGUAUGUGGUGUAGGGGAGGAGUCUGGCCUCGUUCUGGGUUGCUGUCAUAGACAUUACUGUGUGUAGCCGCCCUCCGUGCAGCGCGACUUCACCACCCACUCUGAACUCCAAGCAGAAGGCAAGUGCUGUUUGUUCUGUGUAACACGAAUGAGACAAGUCGAUCAUGAAGGGCAGAGAUGUGACCUCUCCCACACCCCUUCCUGUCCAAACGUCAUCUUUUUUGCAGCUCUGCUGUCCAUCAUUGUUAAUUCAUUACUUGGUACCGGCUGUAUGGCAAUGGUUAGACAGAAAACAGAACUUUGAAGAGCCACUUUCAGGCAAGGUUGUGAUGGAUGAAGCCAUGUUGCCCCAGCAUGUAGACACAUGAAAGAUGGUUUCAGAAAAGAAUAUCUCCAUGUGACCGACUGGAAAUAUUUGAGUUUGUUCCUUUACCUGCAAUAUAUCUAUACAGUUUUUUGAGUAAAUUUGUUUACCUUCAGAGGAAAUUAUAUCAUCUUUAAUUUACUGUGAACGUUACCGUACAAAUUAUCAGGGGUUUGUUGUGUUACGAGUUGUAACAAACGUAGUCUCAUGAACGGCCUUAAAGUUUUCUUUGUUUUGUGUUCUUUUAUUUGUUGCAUUGUUUGGCAUUUCUGGAUUAGGAUUGUGACUUUUCUUGAGGAGGCACUUGUAAUGAUAAGAUGAUAAAACAGGUCAAAAUGUCAUCUGUAAAGUAAACCUCAAAGUUUGAAGCUGGUGGGACUUGUUUUUUGUUUUGUUUGGUUUUUUUUUUACUGUGGCAUUUAUAUUUUGAUCAGUACUUGUGCUUGCUGAUGCCAGAGUCAUUUGAUUUGUUGUUUUACAAAAUCAUAUCAACAGCGACUAAAUGAAUUGGCAUGAAACUUACAAUCACACGUUGAUGAUCACAAAACUUUUCAGUGACGCUACUGUUUCUUCAUCAAUGUUUAAAGUGCGGCAGGGUCAGCAUGCUACUUUAUGGCUACAGAACCGCCAUGAUCGCCGUCAUCCAGGAUGUCACGUGGCCCCCUGAAUACAUGCAGAUGAUUAAAAAAAUUUAGUGAAUCUACUCCUGGUGUCCACUGUUUGUAAACAUUUUGCACAAAGAGAUCAGUAAAAUUUAAAUCGGACUUGUCAAGAAGUGUUUUUCAACUCAACGGAAGCCCAAACUGUCUGUUUUAUGGAGUUUUAAGAGUGAGACCCCCCACUGUUAUCAAGAAAGGUCAGUGACCUCUUGCUCAUCAUCGUCAUGUAAUCCCCCAAAUAUUUAUAAUGUCAUGAAAAAGUUGGCUGCUGUUCUUAUAAUGUGGAUCCACAGAACUGAUCUGAAGCAAAACAUUUGAAUUGAUUAUUGAUAUUUAUUGAUUUGUGAAGCCUCUGCAGCAGACUUAAACUAUAUCUUGUCAGGUGUUUUCAGCCUGAACCAAAGCUGCUCAUGUUUCUGUUUGGUUUCCAAACGAGGCUCUCAUCAGGUUUGCACAUCAUAAAACAGCUGAAUGUGUUAUGCAGAUUGUGACAGUCUGUCAGUUACUUUCUGGCAUCAGAAGGUCACUUGAAGAUCAGAAAUGCAUGAAAUCAGAUAUUUGGUUUGUCUAAUUUAAAGAGUCAGCUGUAAUUUCAAGUGGGAUUGUUUAUCAUUAUUGAUUGUGGUGUUAGGAAAAGUACAUUUUCACACAUUUUAUUUUGGAAAAAAUUUGUUCUUUAGUUUCUUUUGUUGGUGAACCUCAUCUCCAGACAGAGAGUGCAUUUAUCAGUGACUCAAACUAUAGCAUCGAGUGUGAGGUGUAGAAUUGAUGGUUGUUUUCCAGCUGUAAUCCAUCAUCGGGGUGCCGCCGUGAAAUUUUGAUUAAUGUGUGUUAAAAAUUGAGCACUGUCACAGUAUUUCAGUCUAAAGAAAAUAACUAAAAAGAUAAUUAUGUUUAGAUCAUUGUCAUUAUGUGAACCUUUUUUUUAAGACCGUUCGCUCUAAUUGACCUCACUAUUAAAAAUAACUGUGCUGUAAUUUACUUAAAAUGGUCACCCUUGCUGUGAAUCGUGUAGACCUCUGCGCACGUAGGCUGUAAUUUGCUUUGUGUUGUUUUAAGAUGCAAAGCAGUCGUACAGACAUAAGGGGCACUGCAGCGUAAAGAAGAGACCAUUCAGAACAUCUCGGACAUGGUAUUGGCAUUACUAGAACGACUGAGCGAAGAAAACCUCAACCCAAAGACAUGAGGGUUUUAAAUUCUUGCAGCAAAGUCGUGCAGCCUUUACGGCUGCUCAACUUUGCAUUUUUUGUUGCUUUUACCGGCUCCUGCGAACUGAGACUUGAAGCACUUCUGAUCAGUCAAAACACGGGGUGCUAUCAUUUCAACGGCAAAUACAGAGAGCAGCCGGAGGACAAAUCUGAAUGUUAGGCAGAUAGAUCACAUGCAGAUAUGUAAAGAUCUUUUUUAAGGCGACAAGCUGUAUUUUGCUCAUCAGAGUGUACAACAAUUAAGCGAAGAAUCAGAUUUCUGUAAACUGAGACCAGAUACACUCCUGUAACCUUCAUCCUAAUGCUUUGGUUUUUACAUAUUUGAACUUGUUUGAUUUGCUUUUCUUUCUGCAACAUGGAGCUUUGAGCAUUUCUCAGUCAGUCACCUGCUGAUAAUCAGCUGUUUGUAGAUUUUAAGGGGGAAAUCUUACUCGCUUCAAUAUCAGUUGAAACUUUAUUGAGACCUGAACAUCAGGGGCCAGUACUAUGAAGCAGGGUUCCUUUGCGAGGUUGUCCCUGGGUUUUAGCACUAUGACUGUGGUGAGUGUUUUAAUUGAAGCACGUUGCUACGGCAACUCAUACUGAAUGCUUAACCUGCUCCGUAGUAGGUUAUUUGCUGAAUAAAAGCUCAGCAGGCAUAAAAGACAACCAGCAAAUCAGGCAAUCAGGUUUUUUUUUUUAAAAAAAUGGCCUGUUAAUUCUUUGAUGAUCCUGUGAAUGUAGGUGGAUUAACAGCGAUCGGAGUGUCUGGUAGAGUGAGAAUUUACAGAAAGAGAAACACAACCUCUUUGAUUUUACCAUUUACUGCUUAAUUAAAGAUCUAGAUUUUUUUUUUGCAGGUCAGCAGUAUAUCCGCAUUCUGCUGGAACGUCAAUUUUUAUUUACUCUGCUGACAUUGCAUCUGAAAUAAUGAGGAUAAAAUGCUCAUAUGUCACAACUGCACAAAUACAUUUGACACGUCAAUAUAGUGAGAACUCAUUGUGCCAUUGUGGUGAGGAAUUUCUGUUUUAAUCCCUGGAGUUUUUACAUGAAUUCCUUACAUCUUUUGGCAGCUGCAAUGGCUUUUCUUUUCCCCCAGGUGAUCUGCUUUUAAUCGGCUGUAUUGUCAGAUGGUUGUUACGACUGCCUGUCCCGAAAGACAACCCUUAACCCCAGCAGCGCCGUUGAUGCCGCACUGUGGCGACUCACUGUUCCUAGCGUGAGCCGUUGAGGUUCACCACGACUAAGUCGGGUCAAAUGCAGAAAAGUAAUUCCAACAACGGGAUCGAUAAAGUAUGCUCUCUUCUCUCUUCCUGUUCUUGUUACGAAGCAAACACAGCCAGUUUUAAUGCGGAUCCACACACAGCUAUGUUGGAAAAGCCUCAGUCAUGGAGUUAUCUAAAUUUAUCUAAAUUGUGGAUGCCUGGUUAAACGAAGCCAGACUAGAGAGACAAGGAACGCUCUGUCGUACAGGCUCGAUUCUGGCACAGUCAGUAACGAGAAACCUGACGAAUUGUACGUCCACACUGGACAAUUCAGUUAAGACUUAGUCAUAAUUAAAAAAAAAAAAAAAAAACGCCAAGGGAAGCGUGCUCUGAAAUAUUGUGAUUAUGAGUUAAAGUUGUCAUAUCAAAUGUGUUUUUAACUUUAUCUGCAGUCCCACCCUGAAAGGCAGCGUCCAAACAGAAACCAUCCAACUAAUUCGACACGUCCCACCGUGGGGUUAAAGGUGUUUUUACAUGUAUUUUGCUUUGUAGUUUUGCUUGUUUUUCAGAAAAUCUGCAAUCAAAUUCUGAUCUUUCAGUGCUGGCGGACUCAAGUUCUGAACUUCUGUCAGCAUUGAAAAGCAAAUAAUGAAGCCACUUUUUUUUUUCUGUCUGUAGUUAAUCUUUCUGUCAGCAGCUUCUAAUAAUAGUUCUCUCUUCAGUUUGGGCCUGUUUUCCUCACAUCCUCGCUGAUGUUGCCAAAAACAAACUAAACUUUUUUGAUGCUGAUGCACCGCAGGACAGAGGCCUUGUUAGCAGUGAACGAAAUGUGAAAUCCAUCAACGACGACACGUAGAACACAUUGUCUGUUUUUCACUUUCUUGUUAGUGAGCUAACUGGGAGAAAAUGUGGAGAAUGGUUGAUUUAGAUGUUGGCUCUCCGUUGUACAGCUUCUCACUGGGAUGUAAAUGUUUAAAAUAUGUGUGCAGAAAAGGGGAAAAUACUUUGUAAAACUUGUACAAUUAUUAUUUUGUGUGUCUUUAAUGGAUCUUGAGACAGAGUUUUUACUUAACCAAUGUUUAUAGAUUUUUAUUUAUGGUGUCCAUGUACAAAAAUGUUGUACAGAGGUGCUGCUAUGCACAGUCUUGUCUGCUCAUGUUUAGUAAACGCUAUUUUUAAAUGUCUGGGGGAAAAUAAAUGCAUCAUGGGGUACUGAG